AUGGCUGACACCGAAUACAACGCCGAGGAGGCUGCCGACGCUUCUCGCCGAACAGAGAUCAAGAAGAGAAGACAAUUCCGCAAGUUUACCUACCGCGGAAUUGACCUCGACCAGCUCCUCGACCUCUCCUCCGAACAGCUCCGCGAUGUCGUGCACGCCCGCGCCCGCCGCAGGUUCAACCGUGGUCUGAAGCGCAAGCCCAUGGGCCUGAUCAAGAAGCUCCGCAAGGCCAAGCAGGAGGCCAAGCCCAACGAGAAGCCCGACCUCGUCAAGACCCACCUGCGUGACAUGAUCAUUGUCCCCGAGAUGAUCGGCAGUGUCAUCGGUAUCUACUCCGGAAAGGAGUUCAACCAGAUUGAGGUCAAGCCCGAGAUGGUUGGCCACUACCUUGGUGAAUUCUCCAUCACAUACAAGCCCGUCAAGCACGGUCGUCCCGGUAUCGGUGCCACCCACUCUUCUCGUUUCAUUCCCCUCAAGUAA